UUCUGGAGCAGCCCGAUGCGGGCGCGGGCCCCGACCAGCGCGGAGUCGGGGACCCGAGGCCCCGCGCAGCCGCCGCAGGACGGCCCGGCAGCAGGAGCGCCGGGUGCAGCCCCGCGUCCCGGACCUCGAGGAGCGCGGCCGCGGAAGGGAGGAGCCAGCCGGGGGGCGGGGGGGGCGGCGCUCGCGGGAGGGAGGCGGAGCGGGCAGGGGUGCGGGAGAGGGGGUAGAAGCGGCCGCGAGCGGUGCCUCUCCCCACCCCGGCCCCCCCCGCAGGGCGAGAGAAGCAGCGACCGGAAGCCUGGGCGCGGGCUGCGAGAGCCUUUGAGAGGAGGGGCGGGUCCUGCCCUGCCUCGGGCCGGCCGGUGCAGGGGGACAAGCCUUCCGGUGGGUUUCGCCCGCCCCGUGCGCGCCUUUCGCGGCGACGCUGCGGACCGUCCGCCCUCCAGGUCGCCCGGCACACAGCAGGCGCCACAAGUAUCCCCGGCUCGGUCCAAGGAACAAGGAGCUCCUACCUCAUUUUGCCGCGGGGAACGCGAGCCGCGAAGCGAGAUGCACCCUGGCCGGCGGCAGGAGUGUAGGACCGCUCCCCGCUGCCCCGCCCGGGCUCCAGCUCUCAGAGCAGUGUCCCCCCACCGCGCCUCCGUGCGAGCCCCUUCCCUCCGCCCGUGCUGUGAGCUCCCGGGGAACCAGCGAGCUGAUCCCCGCGAGCCUCGGCUUCCAUCCGGUGGGAGCAGACGCCCACCCCAGAGCGGCUGUGAAUCGGGGGAAUCGCCUGCGGGAGUGCACGCAGGGCGCGCGGUCCCAGCUCUAAAGCUAGGCUGCGGCCGCCGCCAGGGGCCGCUGUUCCGCCGCGGACGCCGGCAGGAUGGGCGAAGCCUCCGGGCCCCGCCCGCUGCCGGCGGGGCGGGGCGGGGCGCGCGUGCGCACUGCGCCUCCGCCACGCAGGGGCUGCUGGGCCGAGCGACGAGAGCGUGCGGCGAGCGGGAGCCGGAGCGGCCGGGGUACCGGCGGCGGCGGCGGCCUGGAAGAUGUGGCGGCCGGUCUCUGAGGAUCGGCCUGCAGAUCUCCCUGGACUACUGGUGGUGUACAAACGUCGUCCUGCGAGGGGUGGAAGAGAACAGCCCGGGGUACUUGGAGGUGAUGUCUGCGUGUCACCAGCGGGCGGCUGACGCCCUGGUCGCCGGGGCCAUCAGCAAUGGGGGCCUCUACGUGAAGCUGGGCCAGGGGCUGUGCUCCUUCAACCACCUGCUGCCCCCGGAGUACAUCAGGACUCUGCGUGUGCUGGAGGACCGGGCCCUCGCGCGUGGCUUCCAGGAGGUGGACGAGCUGUUCCUCGAGGACUUCCAGGCCCUGCCCCACAAGCUCUUCCGGGAGUUCGACUACCAGCCCGUCGCCGCCGCGAGCCUGGCCCAGGUACACCGAGCCACGCUGCACGACGGCACGGAGGUGGCCGUGAAGGUGCAGUACAUCGACCUGCGGGACCGUUUCGAGGGGGAUGUUCGCACGCUGGAGCUACUGCUCCGGCUCGUCGAGCUCAUGCAUCCCAGCUUUGGCUUCAGCUGGGUCCUCCAGGACCUGAAGGGCACCCUGGCCCAGGAGCUGGACUUCGAGAACGAGGGCCGGAAUGCCGAGCGCUGUGCACGGGAGCUGCGGCAUUUCCGCUAUGUCGUGGUCCCCCGUGUGCACUGGGACGCGUGCAGCAAGCGCGUGCUGACGGCCGAGUUCUAUGACGGCUGCAAGGUCAACGAUGUGGACGCAAUCAAAGGCAUGGGGCUGGCGGCGAAGGACAUCGCAGAGAAGCUCAUCCAGGCUUUCGCGGAGCAGAUAUUUUACACUGGCUUCAUCCACGCGGACCCCCACCCGGGCAACGUUCUGGUGCGGAAAGGCCCGGACGGGAAGGCACAGCUGGUGCUGCUGGACCACGGGCUCUACCAGUUUCUGGACGAGAAGGACCGGGCGGCCCUGUGCCAGCUGUGGCGGGCCAUCAUUCUCCGGGACGACGCGGCCAUGAAGGCACACGCAGAGGCCCUUGGGGUGCGAGACUACCUCCUCUUCUCCGAGGUGCUCAUGCAGCGGCCCGUGCGCCUGGGCCAGCUGUGGCGCUCGCACCUGCUGAGCCGCGAGGAGGCGGCCUACAUGCAGACUAUGGCGCAGGAGCGCUUCGAGGCCGUCAUGGGUGUGCUCAAGGCCCUGCCGCGGCCCAUGCUGCUCGUGCUGCGCAACGUCAACACCGUGCGCGCCAUCAACACCGCCCUGGGCACCCCCGUCGACCGCUACUUCCUCAUGGCCAAGAGCGCCGUCAGGGGCUGGAGCCGCCUGGCAGGUGCUGCGUACCAGAGUGUCUAUGGGGCUAGUGUCCUGCGCCACAUCAAGGUCAUCUGGGAGAUGUUCAAGUUUGAAGUGGCCCUAAGGCUAGAGACCCUGUCGAUGCAGCUCACCGCCCUCCUUAUUCGGCUCUUGGUCCAGCUGGGCCUCCUGCCCGAGACCCAGGGGCUCUCACAGUACUUGGAGACCUAGGCAGUCCUGGGGCCGAGAGGCCCUCAGGGCUGGUCCAGCAUCUGGCCCCACAGAUCGAGACCUGGGGCGCUGAAGAUGCUGUACCCUAGGUGAGCGGGGGGCAGCACGGGGCUCAGACCACAGCCCGGCCAGGAGACCCAACAAUGACCACAAGCUCUACUCAAACCAAA